CAGUCACUUUCAGUCACAUGAAGCAUGAAACUAUAAUGAUACACUUUUGAACAAUUUAAUGAAAUGUAGAAUAUUUUCAUAUUUCAUAAAUUUUACUACAGUAAAAGUAGUAAGAAUGGAUUGUAUGUAACUAGGUAGGAUUGUAUGUAACAUCAAAUUAUUUUGUGUUUUAAAAGAUACCCUAUUUUUCAGUCACUUCAAUUUAGACAAUUUUAGUUUUACGUCUUACUUGCAAAAUAUGGUUAAAACUAUUGUAAACAUCCUAUUUGUUUGUUAGCCCAUAGGUAACAAACUAUGGUCUAUUUGUUCAAUAAAAAAAUAUAAGUAAGUUUAAUAACGUAACGCUUUUGUGUUUGAGUGUACCAACCCAUGGAACAUUGAUAAGAAGUGAUAAGGAAGAGGAUAAACAAAAUAAGUUCAUUGUGGUGAAUGUUGGUAUUAGUACGAUAGCUGCACAGUAGGUUCAACAUAUUUCUUACAUCUGUCUUCCGCAUAAGUACAUUUAUAACAAGUUAAAAUGCCCGAUAAAAACAAUAAAGUACUAUUUCUCCAAUCGGCACCACCAAAAUUUGAAGAAAUACAAAAGAGUAUUUUCAAUGAUGGGGCUGUGGAUUUUAUAUGGCGAAUUCACAAGACGUUCGAGAAACAAAUUGAACAACUUUAUAAAGAUAGGUUGCAACGCACUGUGAUAACGCAAACACUUUCGACUUUGGACUUUAAAAAAUCACCAGAAAGAUGUGACAAGUCCUGGACUAUCGCUCCCCUACCACCUAGAUUACAAAAUCGCCACUUAGACCUUGGUGAUGUCUCAGCAUCAAACACGGCUCAUUUUGUUUCCUCCCUAAAUGAAGAUGUGCAAGGCAUUCAAGUUGACUUUGAUGAUGGGCACUGCCCUACAUGGAAAAAUCAAUUGCAGGCCUACCAAAACAUUAAGUUAGCUGUAACAGGGAAGCUUCUUGGAGCACCUGUUACUAUCACAACCAGCCCCAUAUUGAUGUUGAGACCGAGAGCUUGGAACAUGAUAGAACAUAAUAUUUUGAUUGAGGGUAAAGAAGCAAUUGGUCCCUUGGUUGAUUUUGCAAUUUUGAUGUACCACAAUGGAAAACUACUUUAUGAAGCUAACAGUGGGCCUUACUUUUACCUGUCCAAAUUAGAAGGUGCCUCAGAAGCAUCACUAUGGAAUGAAAUCUUUGUUUGGGCUCAGAAUGAACUUGGUCUGCCGCAGGGCACGAUAAAAGCAUGUGUUUUAAUCGAGAACAUAGUGUCUAGUUUUGAACUAGAAGAAAUUUUAUAUGCAUUAAGAGAGCAUUCACUAGGCCUCAACUGUGGCAUAUGGGAUUACUGCGCAUCUAUAAUAUCCAAGUUUGGGGAUCGUGAGGAGUUCUUGCUACCAGAUCGCAAUAAGUAUGUGAAUAUGGAUCGCCACUUCCUGAGCAGUUACAUGAAGCUUGUCGUGGGUACAUGUCACGCUAGAGGCGCUCCAGCCACCGGCGGAAUGGCGGCCGCCAUGCUGAAACCUGGUUCCGACGUUAAUGACAAAGAAUCUAAAGUUAUAAUAACGAAGAUACUUGCUGCAAAACUGAAGGAGAUAGAAUGUGGUGUUGAUGGGUUCAUGGUCUACGAUGCAAGAGUUGUUCCUCAAAUCAAUGAGCUCUGGAAAAAAAGCGGUGCCACACCAAAUCAGAUAAGCAAAAAAAUCGAAGUAAACGUAACAGCCCAGGACCUACUGUCUAUACCCCGCGACGGUGUGACGUUGCAAGGCCUGAGACACAACGUGGCUAUCUCCAUACUCUUCAUCUACUACUGGUUAGCUGGCAUCGGGCAUUUCUUCUACAGCGGCAAUGUUGAAGAUUCCGCAACGGCUGAAAUAUCCAGAUUCCAAAUCUGGCAAUGGAUACGUUUCUCUCCACCAUUAGAAGACGAUCCUAAGGUGCAUGUAACUGCCAAGUUAGUUGAGAAGACUGCGGCGAGUUUCGCUGCGCAUGCGCAUAAGAACCUUUGCCGAUCGAAUGCUGAGCGAAAACGCUUGACCGCUGCUAGAUACAUGUGUAUGGAAUUGUUCCUAUGUAGGCAUCCUCCAGAAUUUAUAACAAGUUACCUAAAUGAUAAUCAUAAAUUCAGAACAUUGCACAACAAAGCUCUUUUGAGCAAUUUGUAAAAUAAUAGUAUAGAGAUUACUUGGUAACUACGGUUGCCUUCUAAAUUGUUUUUGUAUGAACAAUGCUGGGUAACCUUAACUUUCAUUCCUUAUCGUUUUUUGCUACUGAAUAUUUUAUAAUAUGUUAAACUAACUUUAUAAUGGUGAAAGAUUUUUUGAAAUCUCCAUUAGUUUUGGAGCCUAUUCAAUUACUACAAACAAAUUCAUUCAACUUUUUAUGUUAGGAAAUGUGAUAUUGAAACGUAAACACCAAAUAAUAACACAAAGAUAUUUUUAUGUUUUCUAGAAUUUAGUCUUCAAUGGGCACCUGUGAUAUAUCUGGUUUAUUUACUUUGUUUACUGUGUCUUAUGCAUGUUAAUAAAAAUGUUAUGGGUUAA